GCAAGGCUGUCUGUUCGAUUGAUAUCAAUCGUUCCACGGCCGUGAGCCUCUUGCGCGGGGUAACCACGCCCGGGCACAGUCACUAGUAUUAUUGAUAAUCCCGCCACUCGUUUGCCCCCGAGGACAGGACAUGACCCUCUCCGGGCCUCUAUCGCAUCCGUCGCGCAUUCACGAAGAUUUCUGAGAGCCGUCAAAGGCUGACACCAUGGCCAACGAAACAUUGUCUGGAUACUGUCCGACUCCUUUCCUCCAGGAGUCAUUGUUCCCAUCGAAAGGUGGAUUCAUUGAUGGACGGUUUUGUGAGGAGCUUACUACAGAGUAUGGCAAAGUUUCUUGCUGUCUGCCCUGUCCAUUGGCAGAAUGGACCUAUGGCGAAAAAUUGAUCUCUCAAACCAAGGUCGCUAGUUGGCUUGGUGUCGCUACAUUGCCCCUGUGCAUCUUUCUCCUGGUAUCAUUCGCCGUGCUGCCCCCGAAAUGGACGCAUCGUCAUUAUCUGAGCAUUUGCUUCACCCUGGGAAUCUGCUGUAUGGAGAUCGCCUUCAUCAUCCCGCUAGGAGUCAAGCCAGAGCAAUGCUACAACCAAAUCACCCCCAAUGACAUGCAUACCGACCUGUCAUGUGCCUGGACCGGAGCCCUCCUCCUCUUCGGGGGCUGGGUAUGCGUCACAUUUAGCUUCAUCCGCACACUCGCCUUCCACCUCCAAGUCUGCUGGGAAAUCAUGCUCGGUCCGAAAUUCAUGUGGACAGCACUCAUCCUAGGCUGGGGUAUCCCGGCCGUCGGCCUGACCGAGAUGCUAAUCCUCACCGGGGUAUCCUACCGCUUCGGCACCGUCUGCCACAUCAACGUCCACGACAGCAACAAGGACUACUGGGCGCCUGUCGUCGCCUUCGGCGGAGCAUCCCUCUUCCUCCAAUUCGCCACCCUCGUCUACUGCAUCUACGUCUACGUCAAAUCCCUCUACGACGAGGAAACCUCCACCACCAGCUCCGGUCUCCCCUCCUACUCCGCCAGCGUCCGCACCGUCACUGCCCGUCAAGCCUACCGCCGCAUCCGCCGUGUCCUACAACUCCAAUGGCGCGGCGUCGCCCUAGUCCUCGUCAUCCUCACCAACGUCAUCUUCUUCGCCGUCGUCUUCAUCAAAAUGGAUAACCAUCUUACCAGCACCGUCGCUAAUAUGAAACUCGCCACCCCCUGGCUCACCUGUCUCGUCGAAACUCAAGGCAACAUCCAGAAAUGCGCCAGUGAAGCUGAAGCCAUCGUCCCGAACAAAGCUACCCUCCUCGCUGUCCUUAUUCUUCUCGCGACGGUCGGCUUCUGGAACUUCGUCCUCUACGCCCGUCCCUCUAUCUUCGCCGGCUGGGCCGAGUUCUUCAAGGCCCGCGUUACUCCGCCUCAUGAGUUCGUCUCCGUUGAUGCGCGCAGGACGCCAGAUCCUCGCGCCUACGAGAUGAUCUCGGGCUCCAGUCUACCUCCGUAUAAGACCCCUGAACCGGUUGUGCGGUCCCCGAGUCCCGCACGGACGAUGGGCGCCCGUAGUCCGGAGGCGACGGGAGGACAGCACUAUGGUCGUGAGGCUCGCUAUGUACGGCCUUCGAUGAGUUUCUCGUCCCCGAGACCGCCUAGUGCGACGCAGGGUGGCCCGGAGCGCGAAUGGGAUCCAGAGUCUACGUUUGCUAAGAGCCAUUCACAGAAGGGGUCCAUAUGAUGCAGUGGGAUUGGCGUUUUGUGAAAGGGUUCUUUUGUUACCAUGGGGCGCAUGGAAGAGCUGCUCUAUCUUAUUAUUGUGUGAUAUGAUGUGAAACUACUAACUGUUUACGGCUGGAUUUGAGAUUUUUAUAUACCCUGAUGCAUUUAUGUUUGUAUGUAUACAAUACCACACCAUAACUAGAAGAAAAGAAGAGAAAAAUCAUUACACCUACAUCAAUACUCCAAAUCAAUCCAAGUUCUAU